AUGGCAGGAACAUCUAUGACCAAGCUGAAAACUCAGAAGCCUAUUAUAUCCACAUCUGAAAACCUUAUACCCACCGAUGAACUGUUAGCGCGUCUUGGAUCCCUUCAUGAAGAACUAUCGACGCUUGUACAAGGCCAAGUGGAUCUAAAGAAAUUAGAAGCAUACCGUGUUGACUUGCUGGAUCGAAAACUUUUGAAACAUAAAGACAAAGGUAUAAGAGCCUUCGUUGCUUGCUGUUUGAAUGACAUUUUAAGACUUUACGCGCCAGAUGCACCUUACACAGAUGUUCAACUAACCGAUAUAUUUAAAUUGUUUUUGGCUCAGUUUGAACAAUUGGGAGAUCCAGAAAAUGGUUAUUAUAUCCAACAAAAAUACUUGAUCACUAGGUUGUUAGAAUACAGAUCAAUUGUUCUCUUAACCGAUUUACCAUCUGCACAUAAGCUUUUAGAAAGAUUAUUCCAAAUAUUUUACGAUGAUUCUAAGAACUUUGAACCUAGAAUGUUUAAAGUUAUUGGCGGAAUUCUGGGGGAAGUCAUAUCAGAAUUUGAAAGUGUACCAAUGGAUGUUCUGAGAUUAAUCUUCAACAAAUUCCUAACUUACAAUCCAGAGGAAAUACCAAAGGGUCUUGGUGUAGUGUCUAACUGUGGUUAUGAAAUAAGUUUAAUUCUUUGUGAUGCAUAUUCCACUAGAAUGAGUCGACAUUUGACCAAAUACUAUUCAGAGAUCUUAUACAAUGUUACUAAUGAGGAAGACCAUUCUUUCGAGGCUAGAAGUAAUGCUCAGAAGGUUAUCACUAAAUUGCAUAGACUGAUCUGUAGACUUUGGGGGAGUGUACCAGAUUUAGUAUCAUCAGUUAUCGGGUUCAUCUACCAUGAACUGCUAUCAGAUAACGAAUUGUUGAGAAAACAGUCUACGAAAUUAGUCGGUGAAUUGCUAACUAUAGAUUCUGAUUUAAACUUUGUCACUACGCAUCAAGAUAUCUACAAUGCGUGGCUUUCAAAGAUUGCUGAUAUUAGCGGAGAGGUUAGACAACAAUGGGCAGAGGGAGUUCCUCAGGUGCUAGAGAUUAGAGAUGACAUUUCUCAAGAGGUAAGCAAGGGAUUAGCUAAAACUUUAAUUGAUUCAGAUCAUCGUGUGCGAAAGAGAUCUGUCUUGGCAAUUAAAGAACUCAAUGUGUCGAUUUUGUGGAGAAAAGUAACUGAUAAGACGGUUUAUAGUUGUCUAUUGCAGUUGACGAGAGAGAAAAACCGAGAAGUUAGAGAAUUGUCCAUUGUUACCGUAGCUAGCUUUUAUUCCGAGUCUCUGACCUGUGAGAAGCAUAUCACCCAAAAUAAAGAAUUAUGGGAAAUUGUGAAAACUAUACCUUCUGUUAUUUUCAACCUGUACUACAUCAAUGAUCUCAAUAUUAACGAGCAAGUAGAUGGAAUCAUUUUCGAAAAUCUUUUACCUGUCGAAGCUGAUGACAAGCAAAGAGUUGACCGACUCCUGACAGUAAUUUCGCAUUUCGAUAAAAAGGCGUUUGCAUCCUUCUUCGCAUUUAAUAAACGGCAAUUACAGAUAUCGAAAGCAAUAUCCAAGUAUAUUGAAUUUUCAGAAAAAUUGAAUGAUAGUGAUGGACCAGAUGAUGAGGGGGGAAUGUCGAUCAAAUUGCAAAAAACAAUUGAUUGGUUAGCUUCUGGUAUGGCGGAUCAGUUAAAGGCAACCGCUGCUCUAGAAGUUUUAAAAGAAUUGAAUGACAAGAGAGUUUUCCAUUUGAUCAAAACUUGUGUUGGUAAUGAUGUUCCUUUUGCCACAUUAAGGAAUUGUAUUAAAGAGUUGGUCAACAAACUUCAAGAUCCCACGAUUCUCCGGAAAAAUGAUGCUAGGGCAUCUUCAACCAUUGUACCCCGCGAUUUAGCUAGACAAGUCAAAAUUCUUCUCUAUAGGGCAUCACCACUGAAUUAUAAUGUGUCGAAUGUACCCAUACUUCUUGACACGGGAAGUCAUGCUAGCUCAGAAGAGGUUGAAUUGAAAAGAAAACUUUUGGAUCACAUCUCAACCGUCAAUCCGACUCUUUUCAAAGAUCAGGUUAGAACUUUAAAGUGCAUGAUCACCCAGGGUCAAGAUUUCCCAGAUGUUGAACAGGGUGCUUUGACCUUGAAUGAGGCAUUGAAAACUCUUUACAAAAUCUGUAAAACCAUGAGAGAUCAGCUUGAUUUUGAAAAUGCACUAUUCGCAACUAAACUGAAGGAUUUUGCCUUAGAGGGAGAACCAACUAUGGCUAAAUAUGCCACUAAACUAUUUGCAUUAUCACCGAAUGCGGAGCAAUAUUUGAAACCUAUCAAAGACUGCAUCUUACCGCUUAAUCUCAAAAAUGACAAACACAUCGCAUCUCACAUUUUGGUCUUAUCAGAAAUAUUCAGAUUCUGUCCACGUAUUUUGAAUGAAGACUCUACAGAUAUUGUAAGUUACUUGAUCAAAGAGGUAUUACUUGCGAAUCAAGUUGUGGGUGACAAAGAGAACGAGCCUGAUUGGAUCGAGGAUACUUCAUUAAACAAGAAGGAUUAUGCUGCCUUAAGCUGUAAAGUGUUUUCUUUAAAACUAUUUACUGUAAAGUUGAAAUCCAUUGCGUCAGAAAUUAAUGAUGACGAAUUGGCAAAAGCUUUCACAGAGAAAACGGUGAAGUUGUUCUUCUACUUGAUUGCCAGUGGCGGUGAACUCAUCUCAGAGUACAACACUGAAUAUUAUCCAACUCCAAGUAGUUUUCAAACUAAACUGAGAUGUUAUGCGGGACUCCAAAUACUAAAAUUAGCUCACAUUCCACAUUUAAGUGACUUCAUUAAAUCACCAGACAUUAUAAAGAUGAUCAAUUUAGUGGAAGAUGAAUCCUUACCAGUGAGGAAGUCAUUUCUUGAUCAGCUGAAGAACGGUCUUGCCGGUGAAUUGAUAUCCAUUAAAUUUCUGCCUCUUAUCUUUUUUACAGCGUAUGAACCCAAUGGUGAACUCAAAUCUACUACAAAGACAUGGAUCAAUUAUACUUUCAGUAAAGAAUCUUUCAAAAAAGAUACUUUCUUUGAAAGAGCGCUUCCUCGAUUGAUUCACGCCAUUGCACAUCAUCCUGAUAUUGAAGAGGGUCUAGAUUCGGAUGGUGAUGCAUACUUGAAUGUUUUGACCACUGCUAUUGGUUAUCUGUUGUUUUAUUUUGACUCAAUAGCCGCCCAAGAAAAUUUCAGCCUGUUGUAUUAUUUGUCUGAAAGAGUCAAGAAUUAUCAAGACAGGAUCACAGUGGAAGAACAACAAGAGGACGAAGAAAGUGUGGCUAGCGAUAGAGGGGACAAUAUAAAUCCAAGCAGGAAAUUGUACAUUAUCGGUGAAAUAUCACAAAUGAUUCUACUAGCCCUCAAAGAGAAGAGAAAUUGGCAACACUCAGCAUAUCCAGGUAAGCUGAACUUGCCCGCGGAUCUUUUCAUGCCGUAUUCAAAUGUUCAGGAAGCACAGGCUUCGUUUAAGACGUAUCUUCCAGACUCAUUGGCUGAUAAAUUGCGUGCUAACAUAAGAAGUAAAGUUGGUCGCAUCGCUCACACUUCACAAACACAAAGACAAAAGGCUCAAAAACGAAUGCUUGCCCAUGAAUAUGAUGGUGCAUCAAAUUCAAAGCGUAAAAAGAUUAGGGCCAUUCGUAAGAAAGUGGAGGAAUCUGAAGAGGAGAGCCAGGAAGAUGUCAGUGAAGCUGACGAUAACGUCUAUCAACCUUCUCAGAAAAUACGAAAUAAGAGGGCCGGAGACAACGUUGCUAGGAGAAGUGGUAGAACUAAGAAAAAUGUUGACUACAAAGAAGGAGCUAGUGAAAGUGAUGAAGAUUAUUCAUAA